UUUGUCAUUGAACCGUCGUGGUGUGCGCAACUUGACACUAAAACAUGCGUAGUUAGCAUUUGGCUAACAGUUUCAGUUCGUAAACCUUCGUACUGGAAGAAAACUCAACAUGUUUAUUUAGCUUAUUGUCACUGAGGUAAAAGUGUUUAUCAUGUUUACGUCCGUGGCGCAUUCAUGUGCGCGAAACGGAAUGAAAGUCUCGGUUCGUGUAACCGGCGUGUCCCUCUGUGCUUCGGCUAACAUCUCACCCAGAACACUGAACCUGAUGUGGACACAGCGGCUGUCACUGCACCGCUCAUCCAGGCUCCUGUCGCCGACCCUCCGGAAGCUCUCACAUGUGUCCCCGGCCAGAGCGGUGUCCCUGUCCGCCGCUCCCCGUGGGACCGUGGGCCCCCUGGGCUCCGCCUCAGACCCGGAGGAGGAAUCGGGGGGCUUCGGCUCACUGUCCACAGACUUUUCUUCCCGGAGGAGGUUUAAGAAAACCAGUCCGACUAUCCGGGAUGUGGAACACCGUGAGGAUGAGGAUGAGGAAGAGGAGGUGGAGGUGAAGAGGCCCAGGAGGAGGAACACAACCUACUGGUACUUCCUACAGUGUAAGAAACUGAUCAAAGAGAACAAGUUGCAGGAGGCUUUGGAUUUGUUCAGCACAGACACGCUGCAGGGAGAGAGGCUGCAGCCCGAGGAAUACAACUACAGUGUCCUGAUAGGAGGCUGUGGACGGACCGGACAGCUGAAGAAGGCCUUCAGACUCUACAAUGAUAUGAAGAAACGAGGCCUUGAAGCUACAGAUGCAACAUACACCGCUCUGUUCAAUGCUUGUGCUGAGUCUCCUUCAAAACAAGCCGGCCUUCAGUACGCACUGAAGUUAGAACAAGAACUGCGUCGCAAAAACUACGCCCUCAGCACCAUCACCUACCAUGCCUUGCUUAAGACUCACGCCAUCACCAACCACCUUCAGGCCUGUCUCCACACCUUGAGGGAGAUGCUGCAGAAUGGCCACAUUGUCACUCAGGAGACGUUUCACUACCUGCUGAUGGGCUGUCUGAAGGACAAAGAAACAGGGUUCAGACUGGCUCUGCAGGUUUGGCAUCAGAUGUUGAAAUCAGGAAUUGUUCCAGACUCUAAGAAUUACAACCUGCUUUUGCGGACUGCUAGGGAUUGUGGGAUUGGCGAUCCAGCUCUCGCUACAGCUGUCCUGCUGAGUCCUGACCCUGACAAGAGGAAAGGCGUGGCAGAUGUCAAAGCGUCUAAAUGUAUGGAUGUCAUAGAUAUUGAUGUUUUAGAGAGUCAGCUUUUCAUCCAACCAGAUCCACACAGAGGCCCUCAGCAGGACCACAGAGAUGCUGGUGACGACUCCUCGAGGAGACAAGACUCAGUCCAUUUAAUUCCAGUCAGACAAACACAGAUCAUUUCACAGCCUGUUGCAGUAGCAGCAGAUUCCACAGCUCCUAACCUGCUGGAUGUGUUUGAGGGGAAGAGGGCCGGUGUGGUCUCCCUCUGCGCUGUGGACAGAGCCUCGGAUCGACUUGCUCUGAUUGGAGGAGCUCAAGGUUUCCUGGAGAAAAUGGAAGCUAAAAGACUCAAACCAGACCUAAAAACUCUGACCCUGUUGGCUGACACAAUGGAACCUGGAAAAUGCUCUCUGAAAAUGCUGUUGAAAGUCGCGAAACAGCAUCAAGUGAAACUCGAUGUGGCAUUUUUCAACUCUUUGAUUCGCCGGGCAGCAAGAGCUGGUGAUAUGGAGACUGGGAAGGCUGUAUUGAGUGUGAUGCGACAACGUCAUGUGAGUGUUGAUGUGCAGACGUUUGGAAGUCUGGCCCUGGGCUGUGAGCAACAAAUGGAUGGUCUACAGCUGCUCAAAGACAUGGAGGAGGCGGGCUUCAGGCCUAAUGUCCAGGUGUUCUCUGCUCUGAUUGGCCGAGCAGCUCGUAGACUGGAUUACAUCUACCUGAAGACGAUCCUCAAAAUGAUGAAGGAUCUGGAGGUGUGGCCAAAUGAGGUGAUCAUCAAACAGCUGGAAUUUGCUGCUCAGUAUCCUCCAAACUACAACCAGCACAAAACCAGAAACAACUACCUGAUCCACAUCGAUGGUUUCCGAGGGUUCUACCAGCAGUGGCUCAGGACUAUGCCAGCCCUUGAUGGAGAUCAGACAGCACUGCAUGCACAACCACAAGCUGAAGUGUUGAAAACAGAGGCUGCAGAUGGACUGACAGAGGCUCAGAGGAAGCAGAGAGCAGCAGCCAGAAGAUACCACUCUAGAAAGACGAACAAGUUGAGCAACCCUGUGUCACCAUCGUGAUGUCACUGCUAAUCCAUGAACUGUUAUUAAAUUUAUACUGUAAUCAAAGUAAAUAUCAAGUUUCAUGAUUCCUAAGUCAUCUUGGCGGUGAUUUAUAUAUUAAGAAUUUUGAUACCAAAGUGUCAAGUAAUUCUCGUUAUUAUUUUAUUUGCACAAUAAAAAAAGAAAAGCAAGAAAAAACAUGGUAAAAAUACAAUAAAUUGUACAGAUGACACAACCCCCCACCCCCCACCCCCACCCCAAUAGGUUUGUAGAAAAAAUCUCACCAGAUACAGAAAUUAUUUUAGCAGAUAAAAGACACAUAUUGCAUUGGGUAUUUUCACAAGAUGUUCAGUGCAUAGUAAAACUGGGAAUCCCAAUUAGUCACAGUAUGAUAUGUUGUCCAUGAUAGCGACAGAAACACAAUACAGUGAUUCUACAAUAGAGGAUGUAUUUCAAGAAUAUUUUAGAUAUAUCAUUAUGUCUGUGAAACUAAAGACAAAUACCCUUACAAAGGCAAAAAGCAGGAAUUCUCUAUUUUUUCAUCAACAAAAAAGUGACUUGUAAGAGACUUCACAGACAGAAUUUCCAUAUUCCCACAAGUCUUUUAAUAUAGGUAUUGAUAUCCAUCACCUGUGUAUCAAUAACUUAAUACAGUAUCUGUAAAUGUUGAAAUUAUGUUAGUACACCAUAUUUGUUUUAAAUAAAGUUGCCUUAAAGUUACAACAAUUUAAAUAACAGAUUUGAAGUUAAGUAGCAAUAAAGCAACUUGCUAAAUAAAUAAAACUUUUAAACUAACUGAUAAAUUUAUAAGAU